UCUGACCAAUCGGUUAAAUCCGGAAAUGGGGGCAUUUAAUGCUCAUGUGACUUUAGAUAAUCAAGGAGCGUCGCGUGAACACCUCCCCUCUACUAUUUUGGAACACGAAUUGCUGUUCAGGAGUCGAAGCCGAUCUCCCUCCAUUAUCCCCAUUCCUGCUGUUAACCUCCCCAUUGGGUGGAUAUUUAUUCUACGGGGAUUGUUACUGUCGUAAAUAGAGAGGAAUCGCUUAUAGAGGACCCAGCAUUCGAUUCAUUUUUUCGCACUCACAUGGGACAAGACACUUCCAGUUUUGAAGAUACCGAGUCUUCUGCCCAUCUACCGGCAGAUUUGGAUUUUAGCAUGAAUACUCAAAUUUCAAAGCCCGCUGAACCCCUGGUUCUUCGUCGUCACAACAAAGCUCCGUCAGUUUCGUCCUGUUCAUACUCAUCCUCGUCUUCAUGGAUAUCAGAUACGACAACACUUGUGGACAGCACAGAUAUUAUGGUCUCUCUUUACAGCCCGAUUCAAGACCUGCCGACAGAUCUUCUUCUCCACCUUCUCCGCUACCUUCCCCCACUUUCCCUCCAUACGCUGUCGCGUACUUGCAAACCAUUGCAUAAACUAAUAGCCGCAAACCUAGAUGCAUUGUAUAGAUACCACACUAUAGCGCGCUUUGGUCUGUCGUCGCCGCAUCUCAAGCACUACCAUGCUCUUAGGCUUGCUCACGAAGGCAUUCAAGAACAGACGUGGGCAGACAUGUAUUGGAGGCUCACUGUCUGCAAAACUCGAUGGGUUGGCUGGGCUUUAGAUAGAGCUACGAAUGGUUUCGAAGCAUAUCCAAUGGAAUUUGUUAUCAGGGAUGUAGGGCUGCUGUCAAAGCGAAAGGGAGACAUGAGCAUCGAUGCAGUUUGCAGAUGGAGGUCGGUUGGUGAUGCGCUUACCGGCGUUUCGGGGACACUGUCCAUUCCGUCGCAUCAUAGCACACAGCCAACGUCUAUAUCAUUUGUUGAACAUACACUCCUUCGUGGCCCAAACACAAUUGCGCUGCCAAACCGGUAUGUCGGCUCCAUUUGGGGAUCUGUGAUGAUCGGGUGGUACGAUCCCGGUGGAACGAGAGACAUGCGGGGUGUGUUCGGGGUUGUCAUGGAAGAAUGCUUUGGCGAGGACUGCAUCGCUCCAACUUCAAAUCUCGAUGAUCAACCUCUAUUCGACACGCUCUCGGAUGGACGACAAGUGAUUUUCAACUACUCAGGCAUGCUUACGAAUGUUGUGGAAGGUACAAACUACUCCGUCGCUCUGCGCGUCGACUUGCGAAGCAAUACGGGCUCUCUCGCAAUUGCAAAUGGCAAUUCCAGCCGACCCUUUACCUUAUGUGCGUCCGGACGCGCCUUACGUGUACAGCUCCCGUCACCCCCAAGUACCAACAGCGAAGCACUGUCAUGGUGGGAGAUACCCCGAUUUAAUGGACCAGAAGGUGAAGUAGACCUAAGGAAAGUAGGAAAUGGAAUCCUGGGAUUAUUUAGAGAACCCGCUCUUGGCGUCUUUUAUGUCAGACCGUGUGGCGAAGACCAGAAUUACCGCUAAUUGGGAAAGGACUUUAAAGGCUGUAUCAAGAUUGUACAAGAAACGCUCAAAUGCCGUAAACUCUACACGUAAAUAAAUGUAUAUACAUCAUUUC